AUGCUACUAUCUACCCCUUACCCAUCAAUCAUCAAUCACUUUUCCACAUCUUUUAAAGGUGAUGACACUGAUAAAAAUAAAAAUCACAAAAAUGACCUACUCACCAAGGCCAAGCUUAUAUCUAAAAAGCUGGAUAACCUGAAUGUUAAAUCCGCCAUACGACUGCCAACAUCUGACAAUAAGCUAGCUCCCUACGAUCAAACAACUUAUCAAGCUCUUCUCCUAAAACACCACCCACACGAUCUUAAGGAAGAAAUACCGUCUUACCCCGAAGCUCCUCUUAUUGCAACCACUUUUACCUCAAGCGAGGUUAGAAAGGCUAUUCUCUCCUUCAAACGCGAUUCUUCACCGGGGGUUGAUGGGUUUCGCCCAAUAUUCCUACAGGAUCUAACCGCACCUUAUAUCACACAACAAUGCGACGUUUUGGAAAAAAUUACUCAACUCAUCAACCGUAUGCUUGCUGGAGGCUUACCACCCGCCAUUAUUCCACUCCUUUAUGGAGCUAAACUCAUCGCCCUCCUUGAACCUAAUAAAGACAUUCGCCCUAUCGCUAUUGGAACCACUUGGCGCCGAUUAACCGCAAAGCUAGUAGUGAGCAGAAUAUUGUUCACAGUAUCCAAUCACCUGUGCCCUAAUCAAUUAGGAGUCAACGUAAAAGAUAGAUGUGAGGUAUCCCUACACAUGACCAGAAUGUAUCUACAAACAGACCCCAGUGACGAUAUCCUAAUUAAGAUAGAUUUUUCAAACGCUUUUAACUCUUUAAAACGUACAGCGUUAUUUAAUCCCAUCCUUACCCUUUACCCAGAAUACUCGCAAUUCAUCUUCGAUUGUUAUGCUAGUCCAUCGCAUCUUCAAUUUGGGGAUAGAUUGAUUCCUUCUAGUAGUGGAAUACAACAAGGUGACCCUCUAGGCUCCUUUUUAUUCUGUCUGGGCAUUAAUAGCUUAAUACAAGGCAUAAAUGACCAAUGUAAACUAAACCUUCAUAACUGGUAUAUCGACGAUGGUAUACUAGGCGGCUCACCCAGCGAAGUUAUGAAGGCGGUCGAAAUUAUAAAAUCCAGCGAGAGCAGUUUGGGACUGCGAAUCAAUCAAGACAAGAGCGAAUAUUGUCCUCUUGGAAUCAUCGAUCUUAACUAUGAUCCUAUGUUCAAUCAUACACCAUUGAACUUCUUAACACAUCUCGGAUCUCCAGUGGGUAAAGACGAGUCCUUUGUCAAGUUCUUCGCCGACACUCUACUAGAGAUAUCCCUUAUGCGCGGUACACUAUCUCGCCUCCCAGCCCACCAAGCGUUCUUUCUAUUAAAGAACUACCUCCUAAUCCCAAAAAUUCUAUAUACACUCCGAUCGUCACGUAUCUUCCAAUACGAAGUCAACCUCGCUGCACACGAGCUAGAGAUUAAACACCUCACAGAGGAUAUACUCAAUCUCAAAUUCGGAGACCUAUCUUGGCUACAAGCUACCUUGCCAACCAAAUCCGGCGGCAUUGGCAUACGAUCGCCUUCCCUACUCUCUGUAGUGCGUUCAUAUCCUCUCGCCGGUCCUGCGAGCCCAUCAUACACUCACUCACAAAACAUCCCGACCCUUUACUUCCCCAGGCAAUUGAUCUAUGGAAAUCUCUUUCAUUAG